UGCUGCUCGGUGAUAUGAAGCAUCAUCUCCACCCUGCAGCAUUCACGCUGCUUCCAUCCGCGAUGUUGGACAACGACGAGCUGAUGCUGCAGAGCUUCCCGCGGGAGCUCACGCGCAACCCGCUCAGGAAGAUCUGGAUCCCGUGCACGAACGGCCUGCCUGACGUGCGCGCAGUGCAGAGACGGGUGUGUAUGACAAACUGUCCCACACUCAUCGUGACUGUUGGACUCCCAGCUCGAGGGAAGACUUACAUUUCCAAGAAGCUGACUCGCUACCUGAACUGGAUAGGGGUGCCAACCAAAGAGUUCAAUGUUGGCCAGUACCGGAGGGAGUGUCUGAAAAUCUACAAGUCCUUUGAGUUUUUCAGUCCAGAUAAUGAGGAAGGCUUAAAAAUCAGACGUCAGUGUGCAAUGGCAGCACUGAACGAUGUUCGGCGGUACCUGAGUGUGGAAGGAGGACAGGUGGCUGUCUUUGAUGCCACAAAUACAACUAGAGAAAGAAGAGCGACCAUCAUUAAGUUUGCUGAGCAGAAUGAGUUCAAGGUCUUUUUUGUGGAAGCUGUAUGUGAGGAUCCAGAUGUCAUUGCUCAGAACAUAGUGCAGGUUAAACUGAGCAGCCCUGACUACAUCCACUGCAACACAGAGGAGGCCAUACAGGACUUCAUGAAGAGAAUCGAGUGUUACAAGUCGUCCUACCAGCCACUGGAUGAGGUUCUGGACAGGGAUGUGUCCUACAUUAAGAUCAUGGAUGUGCGCCGCCGUUACCUGGUGAACCGUGUCCUUGACCACAUUCAGAGCCGCAUCGUCUACUACUUGAUGAACAUCCACAUUACUCCACGCUCCAUCUACCUGUGUCGUCACGGUGAGAGCGACCUCAACAUCAAAGGUCGCAUUGGAGGCGACUCUGGCUUGUCCGCCAGAGGGGAAGAGUUUGCCAAGAGUCUUAAGAAGUUCCUACAGGACCAGAAUAUUAAAGAUCUGAAAGUUUGGACCAGCCAGAUGAAGAGAACAAUCCAGACAGCGGAGUGCUUGGGUGUGCCGUACGAACAGUGGAAAACUCUCAAUGAAAUAGAUGCUGGUGUGUGUGAGGAAAUGAUGUAUGAAGAGAUCCAGGAACAUUACCCAGUGGAGUUUGCACUGAGAGACCAAGACAAGUACCGUUACCGUUACCCUAAAGGCGAGUCGUAUGAAGACCUGGUGCAACGUUUAGAGCCUGUCAUUAUGGAGCUGGAGAGGCAGGAGAAUGUUCUGGUCAUCUGUCACCAGGCCGUCAUGCGCUGCCUUCUUGCAUAUUUCCUGGAUAAGAGUGCAGAUGAGCUGCCUUAUCUAAAAUGCCCUUUGCAUACUGUACUGAAGUUGACCCCUGUGGCAUAUGGAUGUAAAGUGGAGUCUGCCUUUUUAGGCGUAGAGGCCGUCAACACACACAGGGGCAGACCAGAGAACGUGACCGUGCAGCGCAGCACAGAAGACGCUCUACAAACGGUCCCAGCUCACUUCUGAUCUCCAGAGACUAACUCUGGGCAGCGUGAUGGCGACAAUCCUGCUCAGCUUCAUCACUGAUUGAGCAUUGUCCUACAAAAGCAGGAAAGCACUUUUCCACCCACCCCCCCCCUUUUUUUUAAGUAACCUCUGUUAUGUCACUGUAGUGUGUUCCUUUCAGGAAACCUAAGGGUUAAAAUGCCAGUAUUUUUGAUACAUUGCUGAUGUAGUUGCAAUAAAUGUUCCUUUAUCAUUUGUCAUCUUGCUCCAGAAGUGACAGGUUUAUUGUAUAUUAUGCACUGUUAUAACUGCUGUUUACUUCCAGUCUGUCAGGAAAGUUACUGUGUGAUCACACGAAACCCCAGAGGGGACUGUGGACUGUCAGCUCCACCUGUUGCCAUGUUUGAAGUGCUUCUGAAUU